AUGAAAACUCUUAGUACAAUAUUUAUCGCCAUCUCCGUAAUAUUCGGUGCAAUUGCCCUAGUUUUAUCAUGUGUUGGCAUCGGUACACCAAAUUGGCAAACCACUUACGCAAUUCUCAAUGGACAAACGCAACCUGUGCGAACAGCAAACUUCUUCUAUUCAUGUGUAUUUUACCCGAAUGGGACAAGAAUUAGUUGUACGAGUCGUGUUUCUGAUCGAAACAUUGGUCAGUACUAUCCAAUUGAUGCGCGAGGAGAUCAAACGGAGUGGAAUCAACAUUUAGAUAAUGCAGCCGGCUUGUGUAUUGUUGGUAUUAUUUUUAUUUUCUUCGGCACAGUUGCAACAUUACUAAUGCUUCCUGCUAAUUGGGGUCUAUGGAUAUAUUGGAUUGGACCGACGUGUUAUUUUCUUGCCUGUUUGUUUAUGCUUGCUGGUAUGAGCGAAGGUGCAUAUGUGUUGUAUUACAAUGAUUAUGCAGCAAAUUUGUAUCAAACUGGUCAUUUGCUGACGAUUUUUAGUUUUGCUAUGAGUUCCGUAGCAGCUGGACAUCUCUAUACUUUGCCAGAGAUCUUAAACUUUGAAAUGCCGCAGAGGGAACAAUAUAAAUAG